CCCUGUGGGUCCCUUAUCGGGGCAGGCGGCCGGGGGACCGGAGGUCCUGGCUGCAUCGUGCUGCAGUCCCAGGGCUCGGGGGCUGUCGCUGGCUGCGGAGCUCAGGGGUGGGGGGACGUCUCCUGCUGCCCCCUAACCCCGUCUCUCCCCUCCCCCCGCAGACACGCCAUGGCCGGGGUCCUGCCCGCUCUCCUGCUCUGUGCCGCCCUGGCCCUCUCCGCCCAGGCUGACGAGUUGCUGGCCAGCACCCGGGCGGGGCGAGUGCGGGGCCUGCGGGUGCCCGUCCUCUCGGGCCAGGUCUCCGCCUUCCUGGGCAUCCCAUACGCCGAGCCGCCCGUGGGCCGGCUGCGCUUCCGCCGGCCGGAGCCCAAGCGGGCCUGGAGCGGGCUGCUGGACGCCAGCGCCUACCGCCAUGCCUGCCACCAGUACGUGGACACCCUGUACCCCGGCUUCCCCGGCACGGAGAUGUGGAACCCCAACCGGGAGAUGAGCGAGGACUGCCUGUAUCUCAACCUGUGGGUGCCCUCCCCGCGCCCCAAAAACGCCACCGUGCUGGUCUGGAUCUACGGCGGCGGGUUCUACAGCGGCUCCGCCUCGCUGGACGUCUACGACGGGCGCUACCUGGCCCAUGCCGAGCAGGUGGUGGUGGUCUCCAUGAACUAUCGGGUGGGGGCCUUCGGCUUCCUGGCCCUCUCGGUCGGCCAGGAGGCGCCGGGCAAUGUGGGGCUGCUGGACCAGCGCCUGGCCCUGCAGUGGGUGCAGAGCAACAUCCACUUCUUCGGGGGGAACCCCAAGGUGGUGACCAUCUUCGGGGAGAGCGCCGGGGCCGCCUCGGUGGGCAUGCACCUGCUCUCGCCCGGCAGCCGCCCACUCUUCCGCCGCGCCAUCCUGCAGAGCGGGGUGCCCAACGCCCCCUGGGCCACCGUGCCCCCGGCCGAGGGCCGGCGCCGGGCCGUCCAGCUGGCCAAGCUGGUGGGCUGCCCGCCGGGUAACGACUCAGAGCUGGUGACCUGUUUACGGGACAAGACCCCGCAGGAGCUGAUCGACAAGGAGUGGCAGGUGCUGCCCCACCAGAGCGUCUUCCGCUUCUCCUUCGUGCCGGUGGCCGACGGGGACUUCUCCAGUGAGGUGCCCGAGGCCACGCCGGGUGCCGGCAGCUUCAAGGAGACCCAGGCGCUGGUGGGGGUGGUGCGGGACGAGGGCACCUACUUCCUGAUCUACGGGGCGCCCGGCUUCAGCAAAGACAACGAGAGCCUGAUCAGCCGGGAGGAUUUCCUGGGCGGGGUGCGCAUGGGGGUGCCCCAGGCCAACGAGCUGGCGGCCGAGGCCGUGGUGCUGCAAUAUACCGACUGGCUGGACCAGGACAACCCGGUGAAGAACCGGGAAGCCAUGGAUGACAUCGUGGGGGACCACAACGUGAUCUGCCCCGUCACCCACUUCGCCCUGCGGCUGGCCGAGCGGGGCGCCCGUGUCUAUAGCUACUUCUUCGACCACCGCGCCUCCAACAUGCUGUGGCCCCCCUGGAUGGGGGUGCCCCACGGCUACGAGAUUGAGUUCGUCUUCGGCCUGCCCCUCGACCCCGGCCUCAACUACACAGCCGAGGAGGCCGCGCUCAGCCGCCGGAUGAUGCGCUACUGGGCCAACUUCGCCCGCACUGGGGACCCCAAUGAGGCGUCGGAGCAGGGGGUGCGCUGGCCCCCCUACACCCCGCGGCAGCAGCAGUACGUACAGCUGAACCCGCGCCCCCUGGCUGUGGGGCAGGGGCUCCGGGCCCAGGUCUGUGCCUUCUGGAACCGCUUCCUGCCCAAGCUGCUCAACAUCACAGAUAACAUCGAGGAGGCCGAGCGGCAGUGGCGGCUGGAGUUUCACCGCUGGAGCGCGUACAUGGGCCACUGGAAAAGCCAAUUUGACCACUACAGCCGACAGGACCGCUGCUCCGAGCUGUGAGGGGGCGGCCCCCCAACAGCCCUCCAACCCCUCCCAGCCCCUCUGCUCCUCCUGACAGCCCCCCACUGCUGCGCCAAGCUGUGAGGGGGUGGCCCCCCCAACCCCGCAGCCCCAUACCUCCCACUCUCCUCCCCAGCCCCCCUGCCUGGCCCCCCAGCCAUGGGGAAAGGGGGGGUUAACCGGACUGUGCAAUCUGAGACCCCCACCCCAGUGUAAGGUGUGUGUGUGACCCCCACCCCUGUAUCUGUAUAUAAUGGUUAUUUAAGGGAUUUGUGAGAAAUAGAUAAAUAUCUAUAUUAUAGACGCAGCACCCCGAGUCGCUGCCCGGGAGCCCUGUGCUGCCCCCCAAGCCCUCCCCACGCUGUCCCCAACACCCAGCCCCC